UAUCUUCAUUUAGUAUGAGUCCAGAACUGUCUUCUCGACAGUUUGGGGUUGAACUGUCCCUUUGACCAGUGAAGACCGAAGUGUUCCUUUAGUGGUGGAAAAGCUCAUAGAACUACAUUGAAUGCAUGGACUUUAUACAGAAGGUAUUUACCAAAGUCUGGUUCAACCAAUAAAUCAAGGAGCUUCGACAGGUCUAGAUACAGAUGCUGAGAGUGUAAACCUAGAUGACUAUAACAUACAUGUCAUUGCAAGUGUAUUCAAACAGUGGCUUCGUGAUUUGCCCAAUCCCCUCAUGACUUUUGAACUCUAUGAGGAGUUUCUUCGAGCUAUGGGACUUCAGGAGAGGAAGGAGACAAUCCGAGGUGUGUACUCUGUGAUUGACCAGCUCUCCCGAACUCAUCUCAAUACACUGGAACGCCUCAUCUUUCAUCUAGUCAGGAUUGCCCUACAGGAAGACACUAAUCGAAUGUCUGCUAAUGCUUUGGCCAUUGUGUUUGCACCCUGCAUUCUCCGCUGCCCUGACACCACUGACCCACUACAAAGCGUGCAGGACAUCAGUAAGACUACCACCUGUGUGGAGCUGAUUGUUGUGGAACAGAUGAAUAAAUAUAAGGCUCGUCUUAAAGACAUCAGUAGCCUGGAAUUUGCUGAGAAUAAGGCAAAGACUAGGCUGUCCCUGAUCCGUAGAUCAAUGGGAAAGGGACGUGUUCGUCGAGGAAACUAUCCAAGUCCAUCCUCUCCAGUUACAGUUCGGUUGCCUUCCAUGUCUGAUGUCCCAGAAGAGACCUUGACUAAUGAGGCAACCACAGAAACUGACAUCACAGAACAGCAGCAAGUAGCUAUGCAGCAGGAGGAGAGAAUAUUGACUGAACAGAUUGAGAACCUACAGAAAGAGAAGGAGGAACUGACAUUUGAGAUGCUUGUACUGGAACCCCGGGCCUCUGAUGAUGAAACCCUUGAGUCUGAAGCAUCCAUCGGGACUGCUGAUAGCUCUGAAAAUUUAAAUAUGGAGUCAGAAGGUACCACCUCUGAGAGAUCAGAGAGAAGCUUAGCCCUUAGCUCCCUAAAAGCAGCUGGCAAGUCUGAACCAUCAAGCAAGUUGAGAAAACAGCUAAAAAAGCAGCAAGACUCUUUGGAUUCAGUGGACUCCUCCAUCUCUUCUUGUCUAUCUAACACUGCAUUGUCUCAUGGCACCAGAAAACGAUUUCAGAUUUAUUCUAAAUCUCCAUUCUUCCGAGCUGCCUCAGCUGGUGAGGCCUUGGGAAUGGAAGGACCUUUGGGCCAGACCAAAUCCCUGGAAGAGAGGCCUCAGUUCAUCAGUAGAGGAACCUUCAAUCCUGAAAAGGGCAAACAAAAACUAAAGAAUGUGAAAAACUCACCUCAGAAAACCAAAGAGACCCCCGAGGGGACAGUCAUGUCUGGCCACAGAAAACCUGUGGACCCAGACUGCAACUCCACCCAACAGCUAGCUCUCUUUGGCAGUAAUGAGUUUAUGGUAUGAACUAGCAGAUGUGUAUCAUUUGUGGCUAGAGUGGUAAACACAUCUCAUCUUGGGGCCUCUUGUCUCCUCAGGCCACAAUAGUCAUUCCUAAUUGUGGUCCUGCCUCUUGUCUCAGCGUAUGGCUAAGACUUUAUGUGCUGAAUUCCUGGGCCUCCUACAGAAGUGGAAAGGCCUCUUUGAAGUCUGCUGGGGAUUGUGCCAGCUGUGCCUUGGCUGCUGUAUUUGAGUUGAAAUUUCACUAAACAAAGCCACCUUGGGCGUGGGGAUUUUUGUCAGCUAUAUGUGCCUCUUCCCACCCUCUUCUUUCCCUUCUCAGAGAGAGAAGUUGAAUUGGGGGAGGAGGGGGUGUUGUAGACCUAAGGGAUCAUCUGAAAUUUUGCAAUUUCUGAAAUUUGAAGAAAACAUAAGCUUUCUUAACCAUGAAAGCAAAAAGCCUUUGGGUUUAUUUUGGGAUAGUUCGGAACUAGGGUAGAAUAUGAUUUUUUUUUUCCUAUGGAAUUUAUAAAUGAAAAGCCUAAGUCCUCUAUCUUAAAAUUUUAAUUUUGUGAUAUUUUGGGAAAAGUAAAAAAGCUAUUGUUUCCAUUAAGCCAUCAGAGCCUAUCUCAGAUAUCUGGUUAUACAAUGAAGAUGAGAGUACAUGCUUUGUUUUUUGAUGAUGUUUAAUGUCAAAAUAAUCAAUGCUGGUUUAACUGCUGGUUAGUUCCUGCCAAACAUAUUGCAUGGACUGAAGUUUCAGUAGUCAUACUGUUCUCAUAUUCACUGAUCCUAAGGUCAAAUUCUUCUAAUUUUUGUUUAAAUGCCCCAGAGACAAUGAUCCCUAAACAUAAAGUUUCUUCCUAAUCCAUCCAGGUUUUUCUCUUUGUAUAGAUUAAAUGGAAGACCACAUAUGAGCCUAUUGUCUUCUGUGGAUUCCCACCACAGACUCAGACAAAUAAUGUGACCAUUUAAUCACUUCUCUCAAAAUAGUCACACAAAAUAUUGCAUGAUAAGUGUUAGAGAAAGCUGCCAAAAUAUAAAUAUUUUUAAUAUCAUCCAUCUAAUUUUCAUCUUCUUUUCCUCAGACGAUCAGUAUUAAAUAGAUGGAAAAAAUCAAGAACUACUUGAAGCUAUUUUUGUUAAUAUACUGGUUACUGAAGUUUACUGUAAAUAUAUAUGUACAGUAUGCAUAUUUCUUUUUAACCUUGUGCUUCCCUUCUUCCCAUGGAGUUUCUUCCCACAGAUUAGGGGCCAUUAGAUAGGGGGUGAGAGCCACUCAUCUCUGGGUUGAGGGAAAGUAGGACCAUCUUUUUCAUUACUGUUGGUCUCUAUACACCUAAGUUACCAUACUAGUUGAAGAUCUUAGCAUUAGAAAUUUGUUUUUGCUAUUUAUAAUGUAUGAAAAAUGAAACAUGAUGCCCUUUCUUGAGAUAAGUAUGUGAAAAUGUAUAUUUUUAAAGUUACUAAAUGCAUCUUGUCUCACUACCACAUGCACUGUUCUGAAAAAGAGCCUUUACCACCUAUAACCAGAAUUUUGGUUGUUCUUCCUUUUCAUACUUUGCUUUGAAGUUAUGUUUUGUUAAGGCAGAGUCUCUCCUGUUACACAACACUGAACCUCAUGCCACUGCCUCAGUGGUCAUUGGCCAGCCCCGCAGGUCAACUUAGAGCACUAUUCUGCGUGGCAGCUAAAGGUAGCAGGAGUCUUUCCUCUCCCUGAUUGGAGUUUAGAAUUAAUCCAGGGAAAGGAAGAUUUUAAAAUCUCCAUAAUAAUGAUGCUUAAUCAGUGAAUGUUGGGUUUUAUAUCCCACAGACAUCUGCCACCUUGUUCAUGUUGUCCUGAUGAGUAAUGAAUGUUAAGGCUUUUAAAGUAUGAAGUUCAGAGAUGCUCCUAGAGGAAAGCACCUCAACAUGACUGUGUCCAGCUAGGGUGCUGCUUCCUGGGCCCUAUGCCCAGCUGCACAGUCUGUGUUUCAGUAUUCUUGGGAGAGUUAGUGUGCUGCUGGGCAUUAACUGUUACUUUCUACUUGUUCCAGAAUGUUGGUUAAAUACCAUAUUUAAAAAAAAAAAAAAAAAAAGAUGACCCUUGUGAAUUAUUUCCUUUGUCCCAGAAAAAGGGCCUAAGGAACACAU